AUGUUGCACGUUGCCCGUACCGUUGGCGGUACGGUGUUCACGCGUCGUUUUGUGAACCGUGCUGUUACUUUUACGUUAGGUUUUAUAACGUCUUAUGCGUUUACUAAUCCUGAUUUGGAGCGUGUUUGGGAGGUUCAUCCAGCAUUUACGCAGCGUGAUUAUGCAUUUAUAACAUUUUAUGAAGUUUCUGAUGCACAUUGUGCUGAGUUUGAGAAUAACAUUAAAUGUCUGACACGUUAUCUUCAGACCCAGGAAGGUUAUGGAAGUACUAAGCUUGUACGUCUUGAUAACAAGAGUUCUGGAGGUCCUCUCGACCGUUAUCGUUACGUAGGGAUACAGACGUGGUACAGUCCAGAGGUUAUGAAGAAGGCUACUAGUGUUUCCUUUUCUCAGCGUAUGAUAGGAAAAUUACCUUUAGUUUCACCUUUUAAGAGUGUGAUGUACAAGAUUGUUGUUGAUGACCGGGACUUUGUUCCUAGUGUGUGA